CCCGGCCCCGCUCCACACAGCCCGGGCCGCCCUGCCCGCACAGCCACAAGGGGAAAACGUGUUUUCGUCAGUAAAAGGAGAAGUCUGUGAUACUGCACACACCAGGGAAAGCAGCUCAUUAGAUGCCGGUAUUGUGGCAUCUACAGAGCCCAUAGCUGUGACAGGACAGAGACACUGAUUUGAGGCUGGACAGCCUCGUGCCUAUUGUGGCACGAUGAAAAAACAGAAUUUAUGGAAGAGUGUGGCGAGCAAACCUCCUUCUUCCAGUUCUGUAAAUGUGGGAGUCAGUGUAAGGAAUCUUUAAUGAAGGGAUGUUGUUUCUACAACUGAUCUGGCACCUGACCCCGGUGGGGGUUAAAGGACUGAGAGACAUCAGACUAUGAAUCCUUAAUGUAAAACAAAGUCCCUUCAAACUAAUUGCAGAAUGCAAACUGAUUAUUUAAAAAGUUAAGCUAGGGGAAAGAGUAACCAAAGAGCCAGCAAUCCAUAUUUUAAAUAAAUCAAUAAGGGGAUGCGGUUGUUAGAACAUCAUCUGUAUGAGAUGCCUCAAGAUGAAGCUACAUGGCUGCGCUAGCAAAGACGUCGUGAAAGUGGGAUCAUUUCCAUCUGCCUCUCUCUGCAACAGCAUCUCCCAACUGGCUGUUAAGUAUCAAAGAAGCCUCCUGCGCCACGCUUGACUGCUGGUACUCCUCUUCCUCUUGGACAGCAUCUUUGGAAGGGUUGUACACUUUGUGUCACGCAGUUUCACACCUGAUGCUUAAGAUCAGCUGGAAACCCCAAUGGUGGAUAUGAGAGCAAAGUGCUGAUCAAGAGAAGUCGUCAGUGGCUUCUGGACACAGCUCUGAUUUUUGAACCUUUAGGAAAUGCAUUUACCACGGAGAAGGCGGCUACAACGGAACCGAAUCUUUUUCUUCCUUGCUAUAGUGUUGGUCCUCUGUCUCUACCAGCUCCAGUUCAGCCCCUCUGCCCUUCCAGCGCCCCACACAGCACCCCACACCACGGACCCUGAGAAAGUGGCCUCCAGAAACAAGACUGCUGUCACAGGCAAUGCCACAGCAGCACCCAAAAUAAGGCACUGUAUAUAUGUGGAUCCUGAGCCAACUGUGCCCAUCACAACAUCCGUGGAUACGACACCACGGCAAGAAAACGUCAGUGAAAGCUACCCAGGUGAAAAGCCAACAUAUGAGUCCAAAGCAGAAUACCCCCAGGACCUUUUCAGUGUGGAAGAACGCAGGCAAGGGUGGGUUGUUCUUCACAUCUUUGGCAUGAUAUACGUGUUUGUGGCCUUGGCCAUAGUGUGUGAUGAGUAUUUUGUCCCUGCUCUGGGAGUGAUCACAGAGAAGUUACAGAUCUCUGACGAUGUGGCUGGAGCCACCUUCAUGGCAGCAGGUGGAUCAGCACCCGAACUCUUCACCUCCCUCAUAGGUGUCUUCAUCUCACACAGCAAUGUGGGCAUCGGUACCAUUGUGGGCUCGGCCGUGUUUAAUAUCCUCUUUGUCAUUGGCACCUGUGCCCUCUUCUCGAGGGAGAUACUCCACCUGACAUGGUGGCCCUUGUUUAGAGACAUCUCAUUCUACAUUGUAGACUUACUGAUGCUCAUCCUGUUUUUCCUAGACAGUGUCAUUGAUUGGUGGGAAAGCCUCCUUUUACUGACUGCCUAUGCCACAUACGUGUUCACUAUGAAACACAACGUGUACCUAGAGCAAUGGGUGAAGCAGGAACUGAACAAGAAGCUAAACGCUGUGCAGGCAGCAUCAGCAGAGCAUAUACGGAAGAAAAGCAGUGGGGCAGUUGCAGAUGACGGAACAAAGAAGCCAGCAGAUGGGAGGAAGCUGCAGCCCUUGUCAGCCUUACAGCGAGGCAGCAGCUCAGCCUCCCUCCACAACUCGCAGAUGCGCAGCACCAUCUUCCAGCUCAUGAUCUACACCCUGGACCCCCUGGCCGAAGCAAAAUUUAAAGACAAGGUCGACGUCCUAAGCAACAUCGCCAAGGCAGAGGCUUCGGCUGGACAAGGAUCCAAACCAGAAGAAGAGGAAAAAAAGGCACCGGGCACCAUUCAGCUAACUCCUGCCAGUGACUCCGAGCCCAGCAAAGACAAACAGAAGGCAGACACGCCACAGGAUGGACAGCACUCUUCAGACAGCGAUACGUCCUCAGACAGCAGCUCCGAGAGUGAGGAAGACAGCGAUGACGACAGCGCAGAUGAUGAUGAUGAUGAAAAUGAUGAGCCGCUAUCUCUUGCAUGGCCAGAAACUAGGAAAAAACAAGCAAUUUACCUUUUCCUCUUUCCCAUUGUCUUCCCUCUCUGGAGCACUAUGCCUGAUGUUAGAAACCCAGACUCAAAAAAAUUCUUUGUCCUCACGUUUUUUGGAUCCAUCAUCUGGAUUGCUGCAUUCUCUUACCUCAUGGUGUGGUGGGCUCACCAGGUUGGUGAAACAAUUGGAAUAUCAGAGGAAAUUAUGGGGUUGACCAUCCUGGCAGCAGGAACAUCAAUUCCUGACCUCAUCACCAGCGUCAUCGUGGCGCGGAAAGGCUUGGGUGACAUGGCCGUGUCCAGCUCUGUCGGCAGCAACAUCUUCGAUAUCACUGUUGGUUUGCCAGUUCCUUGGUUCCUUUUUUCUCUCUUCAAUGGACUCAGCCCAGUUGCGGUCAGCAGCAAUGGGUUGUUUUGCGCAAUCGUUCUCCUUUUCCUCAUGCUCCUGUUCGUGAUUAUCUCAAUCGCUGCAUGUAAAUGGAAAAUGAACAAACUGCUGGGGCUCACCAUGUUUGCUCUUUACUUCGUGUUUUUGAUCAUCAGCGUGAUGUUAGAAGACAAGAUCAUAUCCUGCCCGGUCUCUGUAUGACAUUUGGACGCUUCAAAAUGUAUGGGAACAUAUGCUAAAAUCAGAAAGGUUUAAGGUAGCAAUUGUUCUACUGGAAAAAAGCAAUCAGAAUUCUAACAAACUUACUGAGAAUAAAAUAUCUUUAAUAUAAUAAAAAAUUUAAUAAUUCUCCAGUGGUAUAGCAGCCUCUACUGU